AAAACAGUUCCAGUCAACCCGGUGUACGCGAUGGUCGCACGUUUGAAGGUUUUAAAUAAACACAGGAUUAGAUGUUGAUGUUGAACAUCCUGGAUGAAUGGAAUAAACUCGGAGAGAGGAGUAAACAACAAGGCUUUUUCCUCUCUUGUAGCGCGUUAUAUGUUUUAUUUCUUCCAGUUGCUGCGUGUCCCGCGCAGGACGCCGUACAGGUGCAGUGACACUGAGCUCAGGAGCCUCCCUUCACUUGAUGAAAACUUUGCAAGUCCCGUCGGUCACUAGAGGGCAGAAACACUCGCGCACAUCUUCGUCCGGUAAACAGCCUGAGAUUGAACCGUGCACUGAUGUACAUGAUGCUCAGCACCCCACAGCACCACCGUAUCCGUGUCUCGGACCCAGCUAUGUCUCCUGGAUGCUUUCUGCCCUCCCCAGGACCACCGCCCUUCUCACCCCGAUCACCCUGCAUGCCCCGAACUUCGCCAUCUCCUCGCAUGAAGAAGUUGAUGCUGACUCUGCCGCUUGUUGGUCACGUGAUUCCGGCCACGGGCCACCGCAGGCACAGCUGGCAUCCCGGCGUGGUGCAGUGUAAUAAUCCACAGUGUGGACAGCGCAGUGUGAGUCUGGAGGCUCUGGACCCUGUAGAGAUGGAGAAGGUUCAGUGUGGCAGUCUGAAAAGGCGAGACCCUCGCCGAGCCCCCAUCACUGACUACGCCGAGGAUAUGGAGUCCCUGCUGUCACUCACUGAGGAGGACGAGGGAUCAGGCUCACAGGUCUUCUCUUUCCCGGAGGUGCAGUCCCCUCUGCAGAAACACAGUAUGUCUGUCCCGUCUCUUUGUGUCACGCUGAGUGAAAGGCGGCCGUCUCUCACCAAGCAACGUCCUCACUCUCACGCCCAAGCACAUUCUUCCCUUUCCUCUCUACUUGGAGGAUCUACACAGAGUCUCCGGGUGGAUGCGGAGCCCAACGGUGAGCUUUCGGACAGCGAGGAGACGACGGAGGGUCAGGGGAUUCAAAACAAGGAGAGCGAGAAGCCGAACGGCCUGCGCUCCCUGGUCCGGACUUUCAGUUUCUUGGGAAAGAUGUCAAAGAAUCACAAGAACAAAGAGAAAGAGCGCAUGAAGGAGCGGGAGAAGGAAGCGCGCGAAAGAGAGGCGCGCUACAGCAACGGCCACCUCUUCACCUCUCUGACCGUGUCGGCCACCACGCUUUGCUCGGCCUGCAACAAGAGCAUCACGGCCAAGGAGGCACUCAGCUGCCCCACUUGCAAUGUCACUAUCCACAACCGCUGCCGAGACACGCUGGCCAACUGCGCUAAAAUGAAGCAGAAGCAGCAGAAGUUGGUGCUGGGGAGGAACAGUUCAGCUCUUCAGAACGUGGCCCUACGCACCAAAACUCCCAUCAUCAAGGAGAGGCCGAAUUCGGCCAUCUACCCCUCCGACAGUCUCCGCACGUCUCUCCUCGGGUCUCGGCGAGGACGUUCCACUCUGUCCCUCAGCAAGAGCGUCUCCACCAACAACAUCGCGGGAAAUCUGAACGACGACUCUCCUCUGGGCCUGAGACGAAUCCUCUCUCAGUCAACCGACUCGCUGAACUUCAGGAACAGAGCCAUGUCCAUGGAGUCUCUGAACGAUGACGGAGAGGUGUAUUAUGCCUCGAUGCUGGAGGAGUUGGAGAGAGAGGGCCGGGACUUCGAGGCAGACUCGUGGAGUUUGGCGGUGGACGCGUCCUACCUGCAGACUCACCGCAAAGACAUCAUCAAGAGGCAAGACGUCAUCUACGAGCUGAUCCAGACGGAGCUUCACCACGUGCGGACGCUGCGUAUCAUGGAGGGCGUGUUCCGGCGCGGUAUGCUGGAGGAAGUGCUGCUAGAGCCGGGCGUAGUGCACGCCGUCUUUCCGUGCCUCGACCAGCUGGUGGCGCUGCACUCUCGCUUCGUCCGCCAGCUCCUGAGCCGACGGAACCACAGCCUGGCGCCGGGGAGCACCACCAACUUCACCAUCCAGCAGCUCGGUGACGUGCUGGUAGAACAGUUUUCAGGCCAGAACGCAGACGAGAUGCGCAAGUGCUACGCCGAAUUCUGCAGUCGGCACCUGAAAGCCGUGAAGCUCUAUAAAGAACUGCUCGCGCGGGACAAGAGGUUCCAAAGCUUCAUCCGGCGAGCGAGUAGAGGAUCACUCCUCCGUCGCCACGGCGUCCAAGAAUGCAUCCUGCUGGUCACACAACGCAUCACCAAGUACCCGGUACUGAUCCAGCGCAUCCUGGACAAUACAAAAGGUAGCGAGGAGGAAUCCGAGUCCCUGAGUCAGGCGCUAGUUCUGAUCCGUGAGCUCCUGAGUUCUGUGGAUCAGCAGGUUCAGGAGCUGGAGCUGACGCAGAAGCUGCAGGAGAUCCGGGCUCGGCUGGACCCACGGGCCGAGACCGAAGUGAGGGGCGGAGGAGUGUUCCGCGGCGGAGAAUUGCUCCGGAGAAGACUCCUCCACGAGGGAACGCUGCUGUUAAAAACCGCACAGGGCUCCAGACUCAAAGACGUGCAGGUCUUGUUGAUGACGGACAUCCUGGUGCUCAUGCAGGAAAAAGACCAGAAAUAUUUUUUCCCCUGUCUGGACAAGCCGUCAGUUCUGUCGCUCCAGAACCUGAUCGUCAGGGAUAUAGCCAAUCAGGAGCGAGGGAUGUUCCUCAUCAGUGACUCCACCCCUCCGGAGAUGUACGAGCUGCACGGCGCCUCCAAAGAUGACAGAAACAACUGGAUGAAAAUCAUCCAGCAGGCCGUGAGCAGAUGUCCCUCUAGGGAGGAUUUCCCUCUGAUCGAGACGGAGGACAAAGCUCUUCUGCGCAGACUGAGAGCUGAUAUUCAGCAGAAGGACCGGGAAGUCCUAGAACUCCUGCAGGAGCGCGUGACCCUGUUUUCUGACCUGGCAGAGGUCACUGGAGGUCAAGAGGUCACGAUGCCCACCAGCUCUCGGAACGUGUUCAGAGCCGACACGCCACACGCACCCCAAGCCGAAAAACUGCUCAACAACGCCAUCUCUGAAGUGGACAGAUUAAGUGAACUGCUUCUGGGCUCCUGCAUUGAGCUUCCUCAGUCCUGCAGUUCCAACAGUGACCAGAACCACACGGAGGCGCCAGUGAGCAACGGAGAGACGAUUUCGGUGAACGGAAGUCAUGACGGGAACAGUCCGUCACAAAAAGACAGAAACGGAAACCAGCUGCAGGACAGGACUCCCAAUGAGGAAGUUUGCCAAAGACUUGUAAACCUCAGCACGCAUCUCCACGCACUACAGGCAGCGGUAAUCAGACAGGACUCCAUCCUGGAGCUGUGUAUGCGUGACGGCUCGACAUCCUCCUCCUGCUCCUCUUCAUCCACCUCCACCCCCAGCCCGCUCGGCUCCGCCCCCCUGCGUCUGAGCCGCUCCCUGUCACGUGAUGCUCUGAUGGAGGGCGUGUUGCCUGGGGCGGGUGCGGAUCAGGCCCUGCUGCAGAGACACUAUGCCCUGCUGCAUGAUGAGGUGUGUCGCCUUCGCCCGCUCGAGGCUCGGCUGAGGGAGAGCGAACGGGCGAGGGCGCAGAUGGAGGCGCAGCUGAAGGAGCUGCAGGGCACACACCGGCGAGACAGCACGGACUCAACAACCUCACAGCGGAAAGGAAGUGAUGGAAGCCACGCCCCCCUCGCCCCACUGGCCUGUCAGGAAGCUGACCAGUUAGACGGCGUUCAAGAGGGAAGUGAGGAAGAAGAUUCCGAAGAGGAGGAAGAGGUUCGGAUUUCCCCGCGCUCAGACAGUCCCAGAGAUCUGCAGGACAUCCCGGAGGAGAGCGAGUGCAUAACCGAAGCCCCCGACGGCGACUCGGGCCACAGUUAACGUCGGGCUCCGGUCCGAUACUUCCUGUAUACAUAACGCUACACGACGCCUCCGGUCUCCUGCGAAACACCAGAAAGAAAGAGAAGGAAAAAAAACAAAACGUCCUCUUAAAACGUCGUCUUAAGGACGAGAUUUUUUUUGAAGUGGAGCGGAGAAAGAAGGGUUCUACGGAACUUGUUUUGCCUUUAUAUUCAUGGACUCGAGCAGCAUUUGUCUUAAUAAUUUAUCUCAGAAUAACCUCUUAUCACGAACCGUUGUAGCCUACGACUGCCUGCCUUUUUUUACGGGGCCAAGCACCGAGUGCUUGAACUCUCUGGUUUAUUAUUAUUUUUACCAUUUAGUGGAAAUGACUGAACUAGAAAGGAGGCUGAAAGUUUUAAAAAGGAAAAAAAAUAAAUAAAUAAACCAUAGUUAAGAUGGAUGUAAUCAUGAUGAAAUCAUGUACCGUAUGUCAUCAUUCAUCAACCGAAAUGACGUGGGUGUCCAAACAUGGUCAUCGUGAAAUAAUUUAUAGAAGUCGUAAAAAAAAAAAAAAAAAUGUAAUAAAUAAACAUGCGAUGCUGGGCUGAAAUUUUUUUAUACUUUUAUACGCGGAUACUUUUCGGCGCUAUUGAAGUACCCGAGUUCGAAGAAACUCUCACAAAUGGGUGACCAAUAAUAAAAAAAAUGUUUGUUUUUUUUUAAAAAAAGACCAAAGUUGUUCGGCAGAUAGUAAUCUAAAUCGUAAACUAUACGCUAUUCUAUAGAUUAGAUGACAGUGAUCAUGUUUAGUACAUUUUGGUAAUGCAUGUAGAACAUCAGAUAUACUUCAACCCCCCCCCCCAGACGCAAUAGUGGUAUGAUCCAUCAGCUCGUUAGCAUUUUUAUCCUCUUCAUCCUACGUCGUUGUACUGAAGUAGACGGACUAGCUGAAACGCAUUACUGGUCAAUGAAGGGUUUUUUUCUGUACUUUUGUGUAUAUUAUGUAUCUGUAUAAAUAUUUUGAAGAUUUUGGAAGGGGAAAAAAAUGAAAAGAGCUCAAAGGAAUGAUCUUGUAUCUUUGUGUAUCUUUUUUUUGAGACUUUUAUGUUGUAAUUUUAUUGUUUUUAUGACUUAACUGCUUGUUUGCAUUGUGAUGUUGAAAUAUACUGUAGGAAGUUC